AUGUUUGGCAUCAUUAAAACUGUUCAAUUAUCAACAGCAACAGCUGUUCGAGCAUUUCAUGCAACAAAACCUUUAUUUGCAGCUAUUAAAGAAGGAGCUACUUUACCAAAUCAUACAUUGUUUGAAAAUGAACCAAAAAAUAAAGUAAAUAUUACGGAUGUUUUUGCUGGAAAAAAAGGAAUUCUAUUUGGUGUACCAGGUGCAUUUACUCCUGGUUGUUCAAAGACUCAUUUACCUGGUUAUGUUAAUUCAGCAAAAGAUUUUGGACAACUUGGUUAUGAUACAAUAGUUUGUGUAACUGUUAAUGACCCAUUUGUUUCUCAAGCUUGGGCAAAACAACUUAACGCUGAAGGAAAAGUACGAGUAUUAGCCGAUCCAGAUGCUAAAUUUACCAAGGCUCUUGGACUCGAAAAAGAUAUGACUGCUGCAUUAGGCAAUGUUCGAUCAUCUCGAUAUGCUAUGGUUAUUGAUAAUAAUAAAGUAAAGAAAUUAUUUGUUGAACCAGAUGGUACUGGUUUAACUUGUUCGGUAUCACAAAAAGUUCUUGAUGCAAUCAAGAAAGGUGUCUGA